AACGUUAGUUAGCUGAACACAGACAAACAUGUCGGCCCAGGCACAGAUGCGAGCGAUGCUGGAUCAGCUCAUGGGGACAGGGAGAGAUGGAGACACUAUGCGGCAGAGAAUCAAAUUCUCAGAUGAGCGAGUCUGCAAAAGCCACCUUUUGGAUUCUUGUCCUCAUGACAUUCUGUCAGGCACCAGAAUGGACCUGGGAGAGUGUAUCAAAGUCCAUGAUCUGGCCCUGAGAGCAGACUACGAGAUUGCCUCUAAAGAUCAGGAGUACUUCUUUGAACUUGAUGCUGCUGAACACCUUCAGUCUUUCAUUGCUGACUGUGACCGCAGGACUGAGCUGGCCAAGAAGAGACUAGCUGAGACACAGGAUGAGAUCAGUGCUGAAGUGGCUGCAAAGGCUGAACGUGUGCACGAGCUGAAUGAAGAGAUUGGAAAGCUGCUGGCCAAGGCAGAACAGCUCGGGGGCGAGGGGAAUGUGGACGAGGCCCAGCAGCUGCUGGAAAAGGUGGAGAAGACCCGGGCCUUAAAGAAAGAAGCAGAGGAUGUGUAUAGAAACUCAAUGCCAGCUUCCAGCUUUCAGCAACAAAAGCUACGGGUGUGUGAGGUGUGCUCGGCUUACUUGGGCCUCCACGACAAUGAUCGUCGUCUGGCCGACCACUUUGGGGGAAAGCUGCAUCUCGGUUUCAUUGAAAUCCGCGAGAAGCUUGAAAAGCUAAGGAAAGCAGUUAUAGAGAAACAAGAACGAAUGCGAAUGAGAAGACGAGAGGAGCGAGAAAGAGAAGAUGAAAAAGAGCGACAGUGGGAGAUCGAGCGGGAACGAGAGAGAGCGCGGGAACGAGAGCGAGAAUGGGAGAGAGAACGAGAAAGAGAGAGGGAGCGUAGGAGGUCACGAUCUCGAAGUGGAGACCGAUACAGGGAUGGAGGCAGUUCGUCCUCCCAUCGUUCAAGACGCCACCGCUCCUCUCAUUCCAGAGAAGAAGGUGGAGAGCGGGAUCGGGAAAGAGAGAAGAAACAUCGACACAGGGACAGGCAUCGCUCUCGCUCCCACUCUCACAGGCGCAAAAAGAAGAGGUGAGGAGUUUAUCAAUCACCGAAGCCUACA